AUGUAUUGGAAGAAAUCCAAAGAUACAAAUAACCAACUUGUUUGUGAAGCCAUAUCUAGGAAUAGGUUCAAGUAUAUUAUACAAAAUUUACAUUGCUGCGACAAUAAUAAUUUGUUGAAUACUAAUGAUAAAUUUGCUAAGAUUCGCCCUCUUAUUGACGCACUAAAUAAAAGAUUUAUCGACUUUGCACCCUUUCAGGAGAAUCAUAGUGUAGAUGGAAGUAUGGUUCCAUAUUUUGGACGCCAUGGAACCAAGCAGUUCAUCAAAGGAAAGUCCAUCAGAUGGGGUUAUAAGUUUUGGGCCGGUACUACGAAAACUGGUUAUGUUGAAUGGUUUGAGCCCUACCAGGGUUCGACAACAAUUAUUGCGGAUGAAUAUAAAGAAUUAGGUCUUGGAGCUAGUAUAAUUCUACAGUUUGCUCAUGUUCUUCAAGAAAGAUUUCCCAAUACUCCGUUCCACUUAUAUUUUGACAAUUUUUUUACUACACUUGCUUUGUUGGAAAAACUGACAGAUAUGGGUUUGAAGGGAACUGGAACUAUCAGAGAAAAUCGUUUAGGCAAAGAGUGCAUUUUGACUCAUUCUAGCAUUUUGAAAAAAAAAAGAUAG